AUGGCAACCCAACGCCCCCUACACGCAAAACAAGCACCACCCUCUCAAAUCCGCCUCAUUUACCUAACAUCCUACAACCUCGUCUUCGCCUCCCUCUGGGCAUCCAUCUUCAUCCGCGCAACAUCCCACGCCCUAACCUCUUCCCGCAUCGACCUCUUUCGUGCUACGGAACCUCACGCCCGCUGGAUCCAAACAGCCUCGUUGAUUGAAGUGCUGCAUGCUGCUUUUGGCCUUAUUAAAUCCCCCGUCAGCACUACUGCCCUGCAAGUCGUCACGCGCGUAAUCCAAGUAUGGAUGGUAUGGUUUUGUUUCCCCACCAGCACUGCAUCGUCAAAUGCCUACUUAGCACUCUUGCUAGCGUGGUCGACGGCAGAUACCAUUCGGUAUUUGUAUCUCGCGUUGAACAUGCAUGGUAGGGCGCCAGGAUGGCUCGUUUGGCUUAGGUAUACGAUGUUCUACCCGCUGUAUCCAGUGGGUAUUGGAGCGGAGUGGUGGUUGUUGUACCGAGCUGCUGAGCCUGCGGCAAGCAUUAACGGGUUGAUUCCGCCGUUUUUCUACUUUUGUCUUGCGUUGUAUGUUCCUGGUUCAUAUACAAUGUACACGUAUAUGAUGAAGCAGAGGAGCAAGACGCUCAAGUCUGCGAAGAAAAGUGCUUGA